AUGCCAAAUGAAAAGGGAAACCUUGUGAAUAACGUGAUUUAUCAGUGCCAUGGGAAAUUAAAGCUGUACAUAAAAGUAAAGCAAAGAAUUACCAACCAUGGCGAAGUAGGAAGGGAAGUGGAGGAAUUGGAAGAGGGUUAUAAAAAGUGUGUAAAUUCGAACUCGGAACGGUUUCGCCAAGUGGAGUGCUGCUACGAUGGUGGUGCUAAUGACGACGCGAUGUUGGCCAGCUGUGCCGACUGUUCCAGCGAGGAUAAAAUUAAUAAAGACAUACUAAAUGGCUUGUUGAGAAGCCACGCAGAAUAUGGAAGUGGGUGUGUUGUCUCAUUUAUUAGCAACUCGAACAAAUCGCACACAUGUAAAUACAACAGGGAUGGUGUUAAAGGGAAUGAUCCCCUUGACAACCCUAGCGAUGCUCAAAUAAAAAACUUGGUAGAUAUUUUUUUUAAAAAAAAAAACGAACAGAGAAGGUAUUCAUUAAGGUAUGGCUUCCUCAGUUCACGCAGUUGGCACGACCUUUUACAAAAUUGUUGUGAACAUAGAGCGUAUUACCAAAAGAUAAAAAGUUGCACCUUAAGGAGCGAUGAAGAAAAUGUCAAAGGAAGAAUUUACAAUGAGAAGAGGAGCAAAAUGAAUGGCCCUCUCAAUAGUGAAUUAAAAGAAUUCAGAGAAAAAACAACCCCAGUGGAAUUUUCAGACUCGCAGAAGUUGAAGGACAUCCUCGACUUUGCGGCAAAGGAAGAGAAGACCGUCAGGCGUGAGGCGAUAAAAAAGAACGAAAAUUUCUUCUGCACAUUAAUCAGCAUACACAUUAGAAGCACAAAAGGGGAGGAUGGGCUUGUUAGGGAUUUUGUGAGCGAUGGUGAAAGUAACACAGGAGGGAGGAACAAGUUCUUCUUCGUUAACGUUUAUUGCGGGAGGCACGGUGAAAAAAAACCGGGAGGGGGACAACUGGGCGACGCGGGAGGAGAGGCUAAUAGGGUCGAAGCGACAGAACUGAACAUGGCGCUUGCUCACUUGAGCAACUUCGUUAGACAACCCCUCACCGGGGAGGGCCCCCCAGUAGAUAUUUCAAAUUUUAACAGAGUAGCCAAAAUUAUAAGCGAGAUUUACUGCAAUAUGGCUGAAAUGCACUUGAGAGUCCGCCUCAACAUGUGCGGCAAUUCCGGUGUGAAGGAAGAGGACGAACCGAUUUUUAACUUCGUCUGCUCGGUUGAUGCCCCCUUGAGGGAAUUCCUCCAAGUGUUCAUAAAGUAUGUAAAGAAGUCCCAAAUGGGAGGAGGCAGUUUAGGGACAAAACGGGAACAUGGAAAGGACGUGGGAUCCCUAGAAAAGGAGGAAACGCCACCAAAAUCGGAAGCGCAGGAAAUGAUAGAAAACAUCCUAUUUGGUACUAUCCCCCUGGAUGAAGAAACCAAAUCUGAUUUAAUAAAAGAAGCGAUGAAUUUCCCGGAGCAACACUUGGACAAACUCACGUCAUUAAACAAAACGCUGCAACAUAAUUAUGCCUUUUUUAAGGAAAGAGAAAGAAAUCUGCACAGUAGCAUUGCGCGCAUAGUGGAGAAGCAAAACAAGAUGAUGAAAAACUUUGAGGAGGAGGAAAAAAAACGAAAGAAUGAAAUAAUUCAAAUUCUUCGAGAAAUAUCAUUCGUUAGUGAAGAAAAUAUGGAAAUAAAAAAUGAAAUAGAAAACCAUACAGGGUUGAAUUUUAGAUAUGGGGAAAUCGAAAAGGAUAGACAGGAGCAGCACUUGAAGAAAUUCCAGUCAGUUGAUACUAUACUUGACAGGGAGUUUGAAUCGUUUCUCAAGUUUAGGCACGAGUCCUUAGUAAAUACGGAGUGGGUUGGGAAAACGGAGAAAAAAGGAAGCUGUGCUGAGACAUCGAACAACAAAAGGGAAGAGCGAACUACCUCUGAGGAUAACUCCACUUCGCAAGCUGCCAUAAGAGACAUUCGCAAAAAACAGGAAGAGCAAUACUUCAAAAAUUUAAACGAAGCGAUGAACCAUGCGGAGAAAAUAUUUCGGGAAACUCAGGACGUGAGAAAAAAGUAUGACGAGGCCAUACGGCAGAAGGCGGAGUUGUUUACCAUUUUAAAGGACACCGCGGUGAAGUUCAACGAAAGAGCAAAUUUUCUGAUGAACAAUUUUAAAGGGACAAAGUGGUUGAAGCUGGUAACCCCCAUAGAGGACAAGUGUGUGAACUUUAUGGAAAAAUACCAGUGCCAAAACUUAGUCAUAAAUAAUGACAUGCGGGAGUAUAAGGCCUUAUUGGAGGAGCUACAGACGCGCAACUUUAAUGAGAGACAGCUGCGCUGGAUUCACAAAAUGAGUUCUUUGUCCAAGCAUUUUUAG